AUGUCUCUCAUGGAAGCCACAUCUUCAGCUCUCCUGUACUUGAAAACCUUAGACAUUGACUACAUAUCAUGGCUGCUGUGGGUGGUAUACCCCAUCUUGAUAACUUUCCUGCUGCCUGGGUUUAUUCUGCUUUUCCUCUACCUGACGUCGCUAGGGCUGUUUAUUUACAAGCACAGAGGGAAGCUGAAAGCUGCGUAUGAUCACAACUUAUGGGAGGGUGCUCUCAAGACCCUGGGAACUGUGUGGUGGGCUCAAGCAAGAAUAUGGCAUGGUUAUGAGGUUGAAGGUAUUGACAACAUUCCAACCACUGGUCCUGCACUGAUCAUAUACUAUCAUGGUGUUAUACCCGUCGACUUCUACUAUGUUGUCACUGCAGUUCUCCUUGAGAAGGGCAGGCAUGUUCACAUGGUGGGGGACAAAUUCCUGUUUCACAUUCCAGGUUUUCAAACUCUAAUGGAGGUGUGUCGUGUGGCUCCAGGAACAAUAUCUAGUUGUAUUGAUGUUUUAAAAAAUGGAAACUUAUUGGGGAUAUCACCAGGUGGAGUCAGGGAAGCUUUGUUUAGUAAUGAGAACUACACACUGAUGUGGAAUAACAGAGUGGGUUUUGCAAAAGUUGCCAUGCAGGCAAAUGUGCCAAUCAUCCCGAUGUUUACAGUAAAUAUAAGAGAGGCUUUCAGAACACCAGGCUGGGCCAGAGCAUGGCUGCGAGAAUUUUAUGAAAAAACUAGGUUACCCAUCAUGCCCAUUUAUGGAUUUUUCCCAGUAAAAUUGAGAACUGUGCUUGGUGAGCCAAUCUACCCUAGUCAUUUGAUGUCUGCAGAAGAGCUGGCGGCAAAAGUACAAGCAAGCGUUGAGGAUCUCAUUGCCAAGAAUCAGAAAGUCCCUGGGAGUAUACUGCGAGCUCUUUUAGAAAGAGUUCCGUUUUUCAAAUGA